CAGCUCAGAGAGCCCGAAAGAGUUUGAGGAGGAGCAAAAGAGAGAUAAAGUAAUAGAGUUUCCCCCGUGUGUGUAGGAGAAUAUGGGAAAACAGGGAUGUGUUAAUAUGCAUGAGUGAAAGUGAGAGAGACAAUGAGAGAGGGGAGCGGACGAUAUUGAAUUGUAGAUUGAGGGACUUCUUUCACUUCUGCCCACUUUUAUUUAUCUGCUACAAAACCCCGCCUCUUUCCUUUCACUUCUCAGUGUGUCUAUAUCAGGGGACCCGCUAUGAGAGAGCCCACUCGCACGGCUGGUAGAGAGGAAGCCCGGUCAGAGGUGGUCUGCUGUGGACCAAACAGGUGAAAGAUCAUCAUACCCCUGAGUUUUAUUUCAGAGAAGACUCCUGUGGCAGAGGUGGGCAUCAGUGAGGUUGGGAAGACACUGUCACCUAAGUAUAACUAGCAUUGGAGGUGAAAGACAGAUUAAAGAAUGGCAGUUGGGUGGAGACCAGCCACCCUCCUCCUUUUCUUCAACCUAACAUUCCUCCUCUACCUCUCGGAUGGAACAAUGUACCUCUCUGGCCAGAGGCUGAGGUCUCGUCUUCAGAGGGAUCGACGGAAUGUUCAUCCAAACAUCAUUCUCAUUCUUACCGAUGACCAGGACAUUGAACUUGGCUCCAUGCAGGCCAUGAACAAAACAAAGCGUAUAAUGAUGCAAGGUGGCACCCACUUCUCCAAUGCAUUUGCCACCACCCCUAUGUGCUGUCCUUCUCGGUCCUCUAUAUUGACUGGAAAAUAUGUCCACAACCAUCACACCUACACCAACAAUGAGAACUGCUCCUCGCCAUCUUGGCAGGCCCACCACGAGCCACAUACCUUUGCUGUCCACCUCAACAAUUCUGGUUACAGAACUGCCUUCUUUGGGAAGUAUCUGAAUGAGUACAAUGGCUCUUAUGUGCCUCCCGGCUGGAGGGAGUGGGUCGCACUGGUGAAGAACUCACGGUUCUACAACUACACUCUGUGCCGCAAUGGUAUCCGAGAAAAGCAUGGAAAAGAGUAUCCAAAGGACUAUCUCACUGACAUAAUCACAAGAGACAGCAUCAACUAUUUCCGUAUGUCAAAGAGAAUUUACCCACAGAGGCCUGUGAUGAUGGUUCUGAGUCAUGCUGCCCCCCAUGGUCCGGAGGAUGCAGCACCUCAGUACAGCAGUGCCUUUACCAAUGCAUCUCAGCACAUAACCCCAAGCUACAACUACGCCCCAAACCCAGACAAGCACUGGAUCCUGCGUUACACAGGACCCAUGAAGCCUGUGCACAUGCAAUUCACCAAUAUGUUGCAGAGAAGGAGGCUGCAGACCCUGCUCUCAGUGGAUGACAGUGUCGAAAAGAUCUACAACAUGUUGGUAGAAACUGGGGAACUGGAUAACACCUACAUCAUCUACAUGUCAGACCAUGGCUAUCACAUUGGCCAGUUUGGACUAGUCAAGGGCAAGUCUAUGCCUUACGAAUUUGACAUCCGAAUCCCCUUCUAUUUGAGAGGCCCUAAUGUGGAAGCAGGUGCAAUUAAUCCUCACAUGGUCCUGAACAUCGACUUAGCCCCAACCUUGCUAGACAUGGCUGGAGUGGAUAUUCCCUUAGACAUGGACGGCAAGUCUAUUCUCAAGCUGUUGGACACAGAAAAACCAGUCAACAGUUUUACUAGGUUUCAUUCCCACAAGAAGGGGAAAGUGUGGCGGGAUUCUUUCCUGGUAGAGAGGGGGAAGCCUCUGCAUAAGCUAGAAGAUGACAAAGAGGUGGAACAGAAUAUUCUGCCAAAAUAUCAGCGGGUUAGAGACCUGUGUCAAAGAGCUGAGUACCAAACACCCUGUGAGCAACCAGGGCAGAAGUGGCAGUGUAUUGAGGGUCCCACUGGCAUGCCAAGGCUGUAUAAGUGUAAAGGGAGGUCAGGUCUCUAUGCACCUCGUGCCCUGGGCCUGAUGGCUACUAAUAGGGCACAGAUCUAUGGACCUCGUUCCCCAUCUGACACCUGUGAUUGUGAAUCUAUUGUACCACUUGAAAGGAAGAAGGCUCUCACCAAAAAGAAGGUGAAAUCCAAGAAAAGUUUGCCACGGAAUCGUUGGGCCCGCUCUGUGCCACGUCACCUGGACUCAGAUGUUUAUACUCUGGACCUGGAGAAGGGUUACCAGCCUCUUAACCUAAACACCAGCUUCUUACUUGGCAGAAAGCAGGCUGUGUAUGGAGAGAAUGAAGAAUAUAGUGGAAUGGGACCCACAGACACCGACUUCAACAGCCUUGCGCCACCUGCUGCUCUUAAAGUCACCUACAGAUGCUCAAUAUUGAUGAAUGAUACAGUCAGAUGUGAUGGUGGAUUAUACAAAUCUCUACAAGCAUGGAAAGAUCACAAACUACACAUUGAACAUGAGAUUGAGACAUUGCAAACAAAAAUAAAGAACCUUAGAGAGGUCAAAGGGCAUCUAAAGCACGUUCGACCGAAAGAGUGUGAAUGUAACCAAAAUGAGUACCAGUACCAGACCAGAACUAUGUUCAAAUCCAAAUCAGCCAGUGUACAUUCUGUCAAAAUGGCCUCCAAAGUUAAGAAACAGUGGCUGAUGAAAGAGCAGAAGCGCAGGAAGAAGCUGAGGAAGUUCCUCAAGCGUCUCCGUAAUAAUGACACAUGCAGCAUGCCUGGCCUCACCUGCUUCACCCACGACAACCAGCACUGGCAGACUGCCCCCUUCUGGACAAUGGGGCCAUUCUGUGCUUGCACAAGUGCCAAUAAUAACACUUACUGGUGUCUGAGGACCAUCAAUGAGACACACAACUUCCUGUUUUGCGAGUUUGCCACUGGCUUCCUGGAGUAUUUUGAUCUCAACACAGACCCUUACCAGCUGAUAAAUGCAGUGAGCAUGCUUGAUCGUGAUGCAGUGAAUCACAUGCACCAGCAGCUCAUGGAACUUCGCAGCUGCAAAGGUCACAAAGAGUGCAAUCCGGAGACAGGUGGUAAAGAAAGGAACUCUCUUUAUGAUUACAGGCCUCUUCAUCGUCGAAAGAGGCCAAAAGUGAAGAAACCAUCCUCCAAAUCAAUGGGCCAAAUUUGGGAAGGAUGGCUAGGUUAGACCCAUCCCUACUGUCCACGUAAAGGAUGCACAGAGGUGAGGAAUGUGAACUGAUGAACUCCUGACCUGAGGACAGCAAGUAAAUGUCCAACUCUAGUGAAAUGUGGAAUUAGAGAUGUUCUAUCAUUGAGGUCAUCUUAUGUGCUCUCUCUCUCUCUCUCUCUCUCUCUCUCUCUCUAAAUGCAGUUGUCUUAAAAUUAUUAUUCAAAACAUGUGUUUUCAUCCUCUACAUUUUUGUGAAUUUUUUUGAAAGACUUGGAGAUCCAUCAUGGAAACGUUUUUACCAGAAUGGACCCUUUUUUUUUUUAUGAGCCACUUUUUAGCCAGCUGAACUCCUAACAUAUUGUGGCUAAGACUAAGACACAUCCCCUCCGUUGCUCUCAAAAGAUGAGAAAACUCACAUGGCUCAUCACUGGAAUAAAAGCACUUGGAAUCUGUCGCAACAUGGUCUUUUUGAAGUGUUCAAUAAACAUACAUUAUCAUUCGUGUAAGAUUCUGUGAUGUGGGACUAUGAUGCUGUUUUAUAAGCAGGGCUGGAGUGCUCUGACUUCUCUGCUGCUGUGAUAAUAUUGUAAUAGUACUUUUCAAAGUGAAAAUCCGAAGGAAUCAUCAGAAGUUUGAAACUCAUGAUACUUUACAUUUUGUACUAUAUAAUGUUAAUAUCACCUGCAACCUGUGAUUCUGUUCAUGUGAAUGUUGCUUUUUAUUUGAAACAUGGUGCUACUGUAAGUUAACACUUGGAACUGAAUGCUGCAUAGUAAUGUAUUUGAAUGUAUGUGCAAUUAAUGUAAAUAUUAUAAUAUUUUUACGGGACUGAACAUAUGGUUGUUUCUCUUCCUGACUGUCCACAAAGUUUAAAAGGAGAAUACCAUCAGUCUAAUGUUUUACGUUCAAUUAAAUGUACUUAUGAAUAACAUACUAAACAUUUUUGACUUCACUGUGUUGGAAAACAGUUAAAACAUCUAUAUAGUUGCCAUCACAAGCAGAUUCCUUUUUUUUUUUUGUAUCUGUCCUUUGCCUUGGCAUUUGGAAAACAAUGAAGGUGUAGUAGUUGGUGAAUAAAGUGUUA